AUGCACAACUUCACGUUGCUGGUGGUAUUCUCGUUAAUUUUAAAUGAGUGCCUUUGUUUAACACCUCAGUGUAGAAAUGAAAGAGGAGAACCUGUAGACUGGUUCUAUGUUUACAAAUUGCCACGGGAGAAAAACCAUUUGAACCCCUUGGUACGUAGAGGAGUAGCUUACAUGUAUCUCACACCAUCUAAGCUUAGAGGGGGCUGGAUUAUGUCUGAUUUGGCUAUAAGUGAUCCUCGUUCUAUGGUUGGAAAGACUUUGAUGCCAUUGUACCAAGAUAAAAAUAUAAUCUCCUUAGUAUACAAUGAUCAACCACCAGCUGCUGAACAUCAACCAGACAUCUUACAUUCUGUUGCAGAAAUGUAUUCUAAAAGCAAAAGAGGUCAAAUGAAUCAAGCUGGUGUGAAGAAGUUUAAGAAAUUUAAACUGGGUGAUAAAUACUAUGAUGAUUAUGAUUUAGCUGAAAUGUGUAAAAUGCACUCCAAGUUCAUGAAAUCGAGAGUUGAGAAUGGUCACACAAAAGGAGUAAUUUUAGGUGAUAAGUUCACGGCACUUUGGCUAGUGCAUUCUGUGCCAAGAUUUCCUCCACUGCCUGAUAUUCAUGGUCUUAACUAUUCCUCGUAUAAUUAUCCGACUACAGGCACGAAAUAUGGACAAUCUUUCUUAUGCGUAUCCGUCCAGACCUCAACGCUGAACCAAAUUGCAACCCAGCUUAAAUACAAUGAACCCAUGAUUGUAUAUCACCAUAUACCACAAGACUUCGAUAACGAACUCCCUAAUUUAAUCGAUGUUGUGCAUAAUAAAACAAUUGACGCAUCUCCAUGGUACCACAUAGAAAGUUUCGAAACUCUGGUUGGUCGCAAGUUCUUGUCUUUCGCAAAGAGCGCAAUGUUUAACGACGACUUGUACAGUGGGUUAGUGGCGGAAGUGCUGCAGUCAGAUCUUUUGGUAGAAUCGUGGACCAAUGGACCAGGCACAUUAGACUCCGAAUGUACAAGGAAUUUCCAGGUGCGAAACAUCGAACGGCUCAAGUUCCCGAUCGCGAAGAUGUCGUUCACUUCGCACAACGACCACUCGAAGUGGGCGGUCGCGGUCGCGCACAAGAUGCACAACAGCCAGGACACCAAGGUUGCCGACUAUUGGGUCUGCGUCGGAGACAUCAACAGGGCGCUGCCUCAAGAAUCCCGAGGUGGUGGCACAGUUUGCACGUCGGGCCCCAUCCUCUGGGGCAAUUUCGCGCAUCUCAUCGAAUCAGUCCAGACGUGGUACAUUUACAAGUUUCCUAGCGAAGUCGUCCCAUUUUUAGGGAUGGGCCGGAAUUUCACUUAUAUAACGCCCAAUAUAGCGGACCAAUGGCAAAAUUCAGAGAAAUAUAUAACUUCUAACUCUAUGCUGCAACAUACACUAUCGCCUAUGUACAGGGCGACAUAUACAGACUAUUUAGCAUUUGCAGUGUAUGAGAGUCAUCCCACGUCUGCUGCCUUCGGAGUACUGAUGGCUGACGAAAUGGGCGGCGUCUGGGUUGGACACACUGUACCUGGCUUAGUUAAUUUAAAUGACGAACGAUCAACAUUCCCGGACGUAGAGAAAACUAAUGGACAUUUACUUAUGUGCUUGUCUAUCGAUUUGCUGGCGGUGAAUGAGAUUGCUUCUGCUGUACGUAUGGUGGCGCCAAAAUUUACUUACAUCAAAAUACCGAAACGCAUGAACGAUUUGUUGCCAAUGUGGAAUUUUUUGGAGCCCCUUAAAUUAAAGAAAAAGGACAAAAAAAGAUUUCAAAUAAAUACAGGGGGUAACUCUCUGCCUGUAGAAAUAUUGGCACGGCCCCCUGAGAACAAACAGUGCUUGUACAGGAGUUUUGCUAAUUCUAAGAAUAUUGUUCUGGACGUCUAUAGUCAAAGAAAUAGUGAAAAUCGCACAAGAGUCUGUGCCAAAGAUCACAGUACCCGAAACAUCGAUAAAAUAUCAUUGAAGCUUCAAGAAUCAGUCGUUUAUGUUGGAAAUAAAACAGACUACUCUAAGUUCGCGGUGAGCACGGCUGCGAACGGGCAGCUACAUAAAAAAGUACUCUGUGACGGACACUUGCGUGAAUCUUCGCCGCCGCAGUAUUGGACAUGCAUCAGCAAUUUGGAUAAGGAGGACAUGUCGGGGAAGGGAGGGCUUUUAACGUGCGUUAAUAAUUAUAAAAUAUGGUUUGCAUUCGAUAAAUUAAAAAUAAAGGAGCCCAAGUGUUAA